CUAAAUUUUCUGUCUCAUGGUUGGAAUUCUCAGUUUCCUCAUGCAUUGUUCUCCUGAGCUCAUUGAGCAUUUUUAUGAUGGUUAUUUAAAAUUCUCUGUCAGGUAAUUCCUCUACCUACAUUUCAUUAGGGUAAUUUUCUGGAGCUUUAUUUUGUUUCCUUGUUUGGAUUAUGUUUCUCUACUUCAUUUUCUUCUCUUGAUUCUUUGUGUUGGUAUUUACAUGUUAAGAAAAAUGCCACUUGUCCCGUUCAUUAUGGAUUAGCCUCAUAGAAGAGAAGACCUUCACCAGUCAGAGCUUCUGUGAGCCUCUCAAACGUUCAUGCUAGUCUAAACCACUGUCUUUAUUAAUGACUUCCAGGUGUUUAGAGUAUGCCAAGUCCCAUCAAUGCUCUGAAACCAGCACCAAUGCCUCAUGUAGCUCCUGAAGAAAUUAGAACAUUGGAUAUGUGGUCUAGUUUCUUUUCCUUUCCAGAGAGAAUGUGGGAGCUGGAGUGUUUUGCCUGCCAGCUCUGCCCUAGAAUGGGGAAAAGGGCUAUGGCAGGUGUUUGCAUGCUAGUUUGAAUCACUUUCACCUUCUUUUUUCUCUGUGGCUCCCAGGUAUCUAGAAUAUGCCAGGUCCCUCCAGGGCUCCAAGAUAGAAGCCAGUCUCUCAAGUAAUCCCCAGAAAAGUUGACACAUUUGAUGCACUCUUUCCUCUCAUAGGAAGAAACUGGGAGCUGGGGUUUUUCUCCCACUUGUGUAAGAGCUAUGGUGCCUUCAUGCUAGUUAAAAUACUCCCUUUGUUUUCUGUAGUCCUUGGGGGUCCAGUGUAUGCCGGGUCCUGAAAUAAUGAGAUAGAAGCCAGUCCCUUGGGUAGCUUCCAAAGAAGUUAGAAAAUUGGAUGCAUGGUCCAACUCUUUUCAUCCUCAAGGAGAUGGUGCGAGCUGGAGGUGGAGUUUUCCACCCAUUCAUUCUGCACUAGGCCAGGAGGAGGAGCUAUGGGAGAAGCUGGGAGCUGAAGUUUUCCUCCCACUCACUCUGCACUGAGCAGGGAAAGGAGCUGUGAUCUGGAGUCUAUGUGUGAGACCAAGAUAUUAUCCCUAAAGAAGAGACAUUUUAGUCAAGUAAUAUUUACCCAUGAAGACAUGCCCACUUUUAUUCAGCCCACAUUUCUUACUCCACAUCAAAAAACUGUUAAUGAAGAGAAACCCUGUGAAUGUAAGAUAUGUGGAAAGGCCUUUAAUCAGAACUCACAAUUUAUUCAACAUCAGAGAACUCAUUCUGCUGAAAAAAGCUAUGAAUGUAAGGAGUGUGGGAAGUCCUUUAGCCGUGGCUCACUUGUUACUCGACAUCAGAGGAUUCACACUGGUGAAAAACCCUAUGAAUGUAAGGAAUGUGGCAAGGCUUUUAGUUGUAGUUCAUAUUUUUCUCAACAUCAGAGGAUUCACACUGGUGAGAAACCCUAUGAAUGUAAGGAAUGUGGAAAAGCCUUUAAUUAUUGCUCAAACCUCAAUGAUCAUCAAAGAAUUCACACUGGUGAGAAACCCUAUGAAUGUAAAGUAUGUGGAAAAGCCUUUACUAAGAGUUCUCAACUUUUUCCACAUCUGAGAAUUCAUACUGGUGAGAAACCUUAUGAAUGUAAGGAAUGUGGGAAAGCCUUUACUCAACACUCAAGGCUUAUUCAACAUCAAAGAAUGCAUACUGGUGAGAAACCUUAUGAAUGUAAGGAAUGUGGGAAGGCCUUUAGUAGUGCCUCAACACUUACUAACCAUCACAGAAUUCAUGCAGGCAAGAAACUCUAUGAAUGUAAGGAAUGUGGAAAGUCCUUUAUUCAGAGCUCAGAACUUAUUCAGCAUCAGAGAAUCCAUACAGAUGAAAAACCUUAUGAAUGUAAUGAAUGUGGGAGGGCUUUUAAUAAAGGCUCAAACCUUACUAGACAUCAAAGAAUUCACACUGGUGAGAAACCCUAUGACUGUAAGGAAUGUGGAAAGGCCUUUGGUAGUCGCUCUGACCUUAUUCGUCAUGAAGGAAUUCAUACUGGGUGAAAGAUAAGCCCUGUUGAUAAUCUUUAUAAUAAUAUCUUAAAAACAGGUAAUGGGGAAAAAAAUAAAGCAGUGUAGUAGUUUUUUAGGCUACUGUAACAAAGUAACAAAGUACCAAAAUUGGGUGACUUAAAACAACAGAAAUGUGUUCUCUCACAGUUUUGGAGCUUUGAAAUCCAAAAUUAAAGUUGUUGGUAAUGUUGAUUCCUUCUGAGGACUCUGAGGAAGAAUCUGUUCCAUGUCUUUCUUCUGGUUUCUGGUAAUAGCAAUCUUUGACAUUCCUUGUCUUAUAAAUGCAUCACUCCAAUCUCUGCCUCCAUCUUUACAUUGCAUUCUCCCUGUGUAUAUCUGUCUCUGUCUUGUAUAAGAGGAGACUCUUAUACAGGACAUCAGUCAUACUGGAUUAGGGCUCACCCUGAUGACCUUAUCUUGAUUACAUCUGCAAAGACCUUAUUUCCAUGUAGGAUCACAUUCACAGGUGCCAGAGGUUAGGGCUUCAACAUAAUUUAACCCAUAACACUGUUAACAUUGUUUUUCUAACCUAUUUGUAAUUUUCUUUUAUACAUAAUUUGUUGAAUAUUUCAAAAUGUAAAUUCAAGGUUUGAGUUAAACCUCCCUUCCCUCCAAAAAAAAUUCUGUCCCAAACUACUACUUAAAUAAUUCUUUCCUCCCCAUUGUUUUAUGCUACUUCUUGGUUAUAUAUUUGAGUUUGAGUUUGUUAGCUUAGUUUAGAGCCAUCUUUUCUAUUUAUCUAACCCAUAGAUCUGUUUGUACCAAUACUAUACUGUAAGUUACAUUACAUAGGCUAUCUUCUAAUUCCUGGCAGAAUUAUAACUUCGUUUUUGAAGGCAGCUCUAUUCCUUUUCCUUUUGUAACAUUAAGUUUUCAUGUUAUAAAAAAAACAAACAACCCCCCCCCACACACAGUGAAAAAAAUAGGUUAUUUGUAAGCCUACCAAAAAGAAAUUACUAUUUUCAAAUUAUACAACAUAUCCUUCCAAACUUUAGUGUAAUCAUGAUGUGCAUGUUGUGCCAUAACUUGCUUCUAUCAUGCUACUAUUUCAGUAACUAUAGAUGUUUAUCAUUCUUUUUAAUGGUAUAAUUUUUCUGUGGUAGAUUAUCAUUUUGCUAAAUA